UUGCUACAACGCUUCGAGUAGGGAAGGAUGCAGAGGACCAACAUGGAAUGGGCAAGCUCGUUGCGAUAUUCUCUGCUACUUCUGACAAUGCUGCGCAUCGCCAGCGCUGCCUUCUACCGAAUACGUCCACAAUCUACCGGGGUACUGGUGAAUCAAACCGUCACGCUGUAUUGUGCUUUUAACGGCCUGACCCCUUCGGAAGUGGUGAACUGGUACUGGUACAACCCCGAAACGGACGACAAACUGUACCACAUUUCUGCCAGAGGCCGAGUUGCCUCCGAGUUCUCCCGACAUUCUAUCGUGGGGAGUUCACGGCGGGGUGAGUACAACCUGAGGAUACGUGAUGUCCAGCCUGGCGAUGAGGGGAACUACCGGUGUAGCGUCUUCACAGUACGGGACGCCGGCGAUGCCAGGCUCACUGUUGUAGAUGCGUUGGCUUCUCCACCAAGCAUAACGGGGAACCGUAAAUUAUACAACGUCGGCGAGGAGCUCCGACUUAAGUGCCGCUCGGAGGGAGGGAAGCCAUUAGCCAAGCUGAAGUGGUACAAUGGGACCGAGUUGUUGAAGCCGACGGAGGAAGUCAAGCGGACAGGACCCACAGGAGACACCGUGGAGAUAGAGCUGCAUCUCCUGUUCCUGACGAGAUGGGAGAACGGGGCUAACAUCACGUGUCUGGCGGAUCAGGGCGUGCCGAGAGUCUCCCCAUCACAAACCACCUCCGUACAGCUACAAGUUUUAUGCCGACCAGAAGUUGUGAGUGAGCCGGCGUCAGUGUCAGCUACUGCGGGAGACACGGUAAAACUCACCUGCACGAUAGCCUCCGACCCUCUGCCUGACGAUGUCAUCUGGGAGAUGUCUGAGGACGGUGGAAAAAAGCUGGAGUUCCGAACCGGGAAAACUGGAGGAAUCUUCGUGACGAAAACCGUGAUUACGGCGAACAGAGUACACAGUGCCUUGGUUAUCAGAUCGGCAGAGUCUGUGCAUGCGGGGGAGUACGCCUGUACAGCUGCCAACAUGUUCGGAAAGGAUAGGCAGCAGUUUACUGUAUACGUCACUGAAGGCAGUUCUGAUGUCCUACUGGUUGCUGCAGUCACCAUUGGUGUCGUGCUGGGAAUUGUAUUUGCCGUACUUAUAGUGCUGUGCCUUAGAGCGAGAAAAAUACCUAUCUGUUGUUUCUACUCCUUAUUUUCCCGCCCAACGAUAACGGGACACAAGGGACCAUACGUCGUUGGCGAGGAGCUUCAACUGGUGUGCCGCACCAACGGGGGGAAACCAUUACCUUCACUGAUGUGGUACAACGGCUCGGAACCCUUAGACCCUUUCGGAACCUUCUAUCAGGAUGCACCAAUAGACGACAUCGUGCAAACGGAACUGCGCAUCCCCUCUCUGACGAAAUGGGAGGACUCCAUAAACAUCAGUUGCGUAGCCGACCAGGGAGUCCAGGGCGUGGCAUCACAGAAAGUAUCAUCAAUUCAACUACACGUCUACUAUUCACCGACCGUUACCGUACCGAUAAACUCUAUACAGGCAUUGGAAGGGACGUACGCUAACUUAACCUGCCUCGUGGAGGGCAACCCUUCACCGAUUAUCAGUUGGACAAGAGACGGAGACAGUCUUCCGCAAAAUGCAGAAACAAGUAACUCGUCGUUGCUGAUACCGAGAGUGUCCCGGUCAGACAGCGGUGCUUACCUGUGUGAAGCCGAUAAUGGGAUCCAGCCAACAGUGACAGGAGAAAUCAACAUGGAAGUUAUAUUUCCUCCGAGGAUCAAGUCAAGUUUCGAUGGAGAGAUAAGUGUCUUGUAUGGACAGAAUGUCUUCAGAGUGGACUGUCUAGCCGAGGGAAAUCCCAAGCCCAACGUCACGUGGCGGCGGAAGGAUACAAAUCAUCCGUACAAAAACCCAUUGACUCUGUCGCCGUUGAACUAUCAAACAGAAGGGAUAUAUGUCUGCGUUGCGAAAAGUAAAAGAUUUCCUGAAGUUACAAGAGAAGCAUUCAUCAAUGUGAUAGGCCGCCCUGAAGUUGUGACUGAAGCCUCCUCGGUGUCCGCUGCCGGCGGCGACACAGUGGAACUAACCUGCACGAUAGCCUCCGACCCUGUACCCGAGGAAAUUAUCUGGACUCUAGCGGGAGACGACGGCAAAAAGACGGUAUACCGAACCGGGAGGACCGAGGAUGUAUUCGUCAAGAAAACAGCAGUUGUUGGGGACAAGAUACAAAGUGUUUUGAUCAUAAGUUCAGCAGAGUCUGCGCAUACAGGAGACUUCGCCUGCAUUGCCUCCAAUAUGUUCGGCCAGGAUAGACAAGAGUUCAGGGUGUACGUCACAGAAGAAAGCUCUGAUGUCGUGGUGAUUGCAGCAGUCACCAUGGGAGUUGUACUGGGAGUUCUCUUCGCCGUGAUGGCCACACUGUGCCUUAGAGCCAGGAACAUAUGGACGUCGUGUCGUCUGUCCAAAUCUCCAGAGAGAGGAACACGUCGGUCCGAGUCCUUCUCAUAUUGUGCGGGAUCAGAGGACGAGCUUGCAGCAAAGUCGUCAUUGAAUAUUAGUUCCAAAGUUCCUGAAGACGAACUGGCCACCAUUGAACUGCAAAAACUAAACGGCAUUUCUACACAUCGUUCCACAAGCAGCCUAAACAGCCAACCAGUUGUCAUAUCAAGCCCAUUUACAGAGAUAAAGAGAGCGGAGUAUUCCCGAUUCACAACAGACAGAAGCAGGUGUCAGGAUGAGGAGGAGGAGGAGAAAUAUCCCAGGCACUGUCCUUAUUACGUCGGAGAGCUGACAAACAGACAGGAGACAGUGAAACUUCUACCGUCUGCGAAGAGGAAAGAAGACGGUGACGAAUCUGCAGACACCAUUGGGUCAGAUCCCGAGGGGUCGGAUAUCCAGGCCAAAUCUACUGAUCAUUAUCAACCUGAGGCCGUCACCCAAACAAACUUCGUAUAGUGAGGACACUGAUGAAGUGCACGGUUCCAGCUCAACGAUCGAGAAUUCUGCCAUUUAUGUGUGACAACCUGGACCUCUCUCUAGUAAAGACUCAUUCAAGUCACUUCAAAUUGAAGGUCAUAUCCUGCAUCCAAAGAAAACAAUACCA